AUGGUGUGGACGGGCGACGUCUCGGACGCCGCCGAGUGCUCCGAGCUGUUCGCGCGGCGCAUAGCCCUCCUGAGACCGGUGCGGUGCGAACCCACGAUCAACGAGGACGACGAGCGGUACGAACCGACUCCUCGAGAGGUCGAACUAACGGAACGCGUCUGCCUGCAAGACUGCUUGGUGGCGCUGGCAACCGCCCGGCUGCGCCGUCAUCUGUGCGUCUCCGUCAUCAAGGCCGAGGGACCUCAACGCGUCCUAAUACUCGGCGAGCGUAUCGGCGAAGACGACGACUUCUUCGGCUUCCUGCAGAUACUUCUCCCCGCCGACGUGCGCGUCGUCAGGCGUCCCACGUCCUGUUGGUCGAGGGCUAUGUUCGAAGGCGUGCGUCUCGUGGAACCGGACGUCUUCGUGGAGUUCGUGUCCAGGGGUCUGCGACCUUCCAGCGACAUGUUCGGGGUCGUGAUCCUGCUGGACUUUCAGCAUUACCUGGAGCCGGAACACCCAUAUCGCAAGAUAGUCACCGUGAUUCAAAACUGUCGGGAAGAAGAACGACAAGUGUCGUCGGAUUGCAGGAUGCGGCUACUCGCCCUCGUCAGUAAGUUGGACGUCUCCAGUCUCGAUUCUCUCGAGUCAAAGCUCAAAGUGCUGAGGACGCCCAUGAAGCUGACUUGUUGCCUCGGAACGACGGGCAGGCCACACUCGAAGGAAAGGGAAAUACAGGUGCGCAAACUUCAUUUGGACCGCCGGACCUUGGACCCAACUGGAACCGCUCCCUUCUUCGACGCCGACGAGGUCAACGAACUCGGCAAGACCCUGCGGGACCACGGCUUGCUGGCGAUGCACUUCCAAGCCGAGAAGAUAGUCGCCGCCAGACCGAGACCCGUUCCACGCGAUUUCUUCUCCCAAUGCCGUUCGCAACUCGCCGCGCUCAAGACCACCGCAGUCCUGGAGUGCUGCCGCGGGAGGACGCUCGCCCUGGUGACGUCGACGCGGUCGCUGCGUGACCUGAAGGAACACAUCCGGAGAGACGGUUCCGUGCCACUCGUCGAAAAGCAGGUCCCCGUCAACGUGGCGCCGGAGUCAGUCGGUCGUCCUGGUGGCCACGACGGGCGACCUGCCGACGCUGUCCCGUCACAGGUGGGGAGCCGUCGUGCUUUGCGACCUGCCUUUCGGCGUCUCGUUCGACGCGCUGCUCGAGAGGGCCUCCAACGUAGUGGCCCUCGCGGCGGACCACGAGUGGAGGACCUGGAAGGAAACCCUGCAGCUGCACGAUGACUUGGAGGUUCUUCUGCAGCGUGUCAAUGAGUGAACGCGCAUGAAAACGGGACGAGCAGAUUAAACGACCAACGGCUGCAUCAUUGGACGGGUAGCCACAUUACUUGCUUCGCCUAUACGCAUGCUUCAAAAAAAGAUACGUGCUCAAAUUACGAUAUAUGCAUCCACGUGAAUACACGCGAAGA